UUUUUUCACAGAAGAUCAUGUAGAGGAUUUGGAUUUUUAGUUCUUCAUUGUUGAGAAAAAUCACACUUAUUAAACCAGAAAAAUCAGAUAAAAGAAAUUGAAAUAGUUUGGCAAUCACCUUCAAAUACUACGAGGAUCAUUAGAUUAAAGACACAGCUUCUAAAUAGGCCUUAGCGCUUGUUCGAAAAACGACAUUCAAUUCAUCUGAGUCACAGCAUCAGUAAUUAAGUAUUAACACAACGAAAGUUGUUGUACAUGUACUAGAGAUAUUAAGUAGAAUCAUUCAAACAACACAAGCUUCUAACAGCCAUACAGAUACAGCAUCGCUCAUCAAUAUUGCCACGAAUAGUUCAAUAAGAUACUCUAAUACUUCUUAAAUAAAUUACUGCUCUCUCGAGGAACAUCUUCGAACUCCAAUUAUAGACGAAGAACUUUCAAACUGCGACACAGAUAGCCUGUGGUCUCUUUUUUCAAAAAUGGGGAAUACUCUCUCGUCUUUGAAUCCGACGCGCAAGAACGCUUGCGGCAUUGUCGUGCUCCUAUUUCUUUCGGCAUCGAAAACGGACGCGGUGCUUCUUCACCAGUCCAAAACGAAACUGAUCACGCUGUCUGAGCCAGCACCUGAGUCGGCGUCCUCAGGAGGUAUUGACUAUAAUAAUCAAUAGUUGUUAAUACAACUUGUGGUCCUAGUUGUCUAAUAAAUAUGUAGUUGUCUUGGUAACAACAUUAACUCGUACUUCUAAAAAUAUCUUCUUUUCAAUAGAUGAGUAAGUUACUAGUAAUCUAGAUUAUCUUCUAGUAUCAUGAAUCCUAAUAAUGAAGAUCGUCACGACAUUGUGGUCUACCUCUUCUACUUUUUCAAUAUAAGUACAACUCAUCUACAUUCAUUUCUUUUUACUUUUCCUAGUUAGGUUGCGGCUGGCUUCACCCAUAAUAUAUUAUAAGUACGGCUAUCAAUCCUCGUCGUCUACCACUUCGUCGUCUACCACUAUCAAUCCUCGUCGUCUACCACUUCGUCGUUUACCAUCUUCGUUGAUCAUGUGCAGGAGCAGGUCGUGGCACUACUUCGUCGGAAGCUGCUUCAUCCUGGAGUUUGCAAUGCAUGACUGGAUUGACUGGAGCUACGAAAGACGUAAGAUUCAGCUUUGCUCCAGACCGUCAAAAGCAUGAACUCGAUCCGCAAACUGCCACAGUUGGGGAGUUGGCUGAGGAGCUCGGGAUGGCAGAAAGCCAGUAUCUUGUGCUGUCCACUUCGACCGGGCCGGCGGAGACGCUUUAUCCAAAGCAGCUGGACGAAGAUUUUCACAAGGAACUCAAAUCCAUUUGGCCGCAACGUCGCGGUGUGUUUGGUGAAGGAACCAUCAAGGAUUGCUUUGUUAUUGUAUCAUCUGAGAAUUUGGCACAGUAUCAAACAGCCCUAGAUAUUUAUCAUCGCUUUCCUUAUGAAGACGCGUGGUUCAUGCAGCAUGGUUGAUGCAGAUGGAGCGCAUCAUGGGGUCGCAUGGUGGAGUGCAUCUGCAUGGAGUACAGAAAAAUAUGGGACGCAAGAAGCGCCCCCUUUGCCUCCAUGCAACUCGACUCCAUGCGAUCACUGCGCCGCAUGCCAUGCUGCCUCCAAAACCUUCUAAAUUGUUGAAUUUGGGUGGAAGGAAGCUCGUGGGAGGAUUAAGGACGCGUCUCCGCAUCACUUUCAACCGGGUAAGGAGCUGCUUUUACGCAUUCUUCCUCUUCGUCCGGACGAGGAGAACCUUGUUCGUUGGGUCGAUUAUUGGAUGGAGCUGUACGCCGAUGAUGCUCUGAAAAAGGACCCCAAAUUCAUGCACGAAGCCAUUGUGGCCUCAAAGGGAUACGCCUUCCAUUAUGCGUCCACAGAGCUGAAACAUGACAAGAAACUCGUUCUCGCCGCAAUAGCAGAAGCCUCCGAUGACAAAAGAAGGCAUAUACUCGGCUUAAGGCUCAACUUUCAUUGGUCACCAUUUAGAUUGGAGUCACUGAAACCGAAAAGGAGACCCCUUGAGAGAACAGGGUAAAAUGAAGGGAAAACAAGGGGAUAGGCAUGGGGCCCUUUUCUUUCAGAAGCAGUGGCCACUGACUGCUGACCUUUAAUCUCCACGGCCCUGCAGAAGGAUCCCGGCCUGGCAGAUGACAAAUGCUUCAUGCGGGACCUAAUUGCCGUGUAUCCGGGCGCCCUUAUGCAAAUCGUUACGAGCGAUCUGGGCCUGGAGCUGAAAAAAGACUAUGACUUCAUGCUCAGUGCAGUCGAAGAGAGUGCUCAUGUAUUGAGAAAAUUGCCGGAGCUGACACGUGACAAGGACUUCAUGGUGAAAGCAGUGGCCAAGAAUGCCAUGGCCAUAACCUACGCGAGCCCCGCGCUGCAAAAAGACGAGGAAAUCCUUCGCAUUGCAGUCAAAGACCAGGGCCGCGUUCUCAGUGCAGUCGAGUCUAAGCCUGACCCUAAGGUAUUGGAAUAUUUGUCUCCGCUGACACGUGACAAGGACUUCAUGGUGAAAGCAGUGGCCAAGAAUGCCAUGGCCAUGAAGUACGCGAGCGCGGAGCUGCGAAAAGACCCGGACGUCGUUCUCAGUGCAGUCAAAGACGAGGGCCGCGUUCUCAGUGCAGUCAAUUCUGAGCCUGAGGUAUUGGAAUAUUUGUCUCCGCUGACACAGGACAAAGACUUCAUGAAGAAAGCAGUGGCCCAGAAUCCCUUGGCCAUAGCGUACGCGAGCCUGGAGCUGCAAAAAGACCCGGACGUCGUUCUCAGUGCAGUCAAAGACGAGGGCCGCGUUCUCAGUGCAGUCGAGCAUAAGCCUGAGGUAUUGAAAUAUUUGUCUCCGCUGACACAUGACAAGGACUUCAUGAAGAAAGCAGUGGACGAGAAUCCCUUGGCCAUAGCGCACGCGAGCGUGGAGCUAUACAAAAAUGAUUGGGACCUCCUUUUCAGUGCAGUCAAAAAGAAUCCUCGUGUAAUAGACGUGUUGCCAGCCGACGCUGCAGAGCUGAGACUUAACCCGGAGUUCAUGGAGAAACUCCACAGCGCAGUUGACGAGUGGUGGUAUCGUACGCAGGUGCAUUUGCGAAACAUAAAUUUGCAUAGGCAGGAGCCGUAAAAGGACAGAGCGAGAGCAAACCUUCUUCAAGACCUAACUAGCGCAGUGCUGUGAUGCUGUACUAGCUUUAGGCCUUGGCUUUCUUGUUUAGUGUAGAAGGCCUAUAUUAAUCGUGGUUACCUGAAGUUCUUUCAAGUUGAGCAUGCUAAUUGAUACAGGCCUACACGUAUUGUGGGUUAUAGCUUCGGUGGUUAUGAUUAAUCUAGUUCAGGAAGUCUUUUACAGGUACAGGAGUAUUCGCUACUAGUACAAUUGGGUUCGGGGUACUAGUAAUCACUAAUCAGCUCUGAUAAUUGCUCAAGUUUUUCCGGGACACACGCAUGACAUCAGGAGUAAAAAUUUUCAACAGUGCCACUUUUAUCUACUUCCGAAGUGCUGCUGGCUCCAUGAUCAUCUAAAAAAGAAAUUGUAGCUUAGUUGUCUCUUGAUCAUGAUUAGUCAUCGUCUAGUCCUGCUUUCACAUUAAAAAAACUAAAGAAAUAAUCUUAAUCAUUAUGAUGAAAAAUCACACUAAACAAUAAUACUACUAAGGGGAACUAAAUGAGCAAGCAGGACCUGGGGCCGCUGUAAUUUUUAGGAACAGCAACAAUUACAGUAGCAAGGUGCUCCUCGUCGUCGUGGCAAAUUCGUCUUCUUCAUUUUUGCGCUAAAUUUCUUGCGACCAACAGCGGGAAGCCUCUCUAGCGCAAGAAGAACGAGAGGACGCGUCUGUGUUUCACUCGAAUAAAGGCAUAAGAUUUUGAGGGGGAGCAGUUGCAAUUAAGGACAGGGGGGGGGCAACUAGCUACUACAAUUUGUACAGGAUGAACAGGAGCAAGGCGCGGACGAAUCCUUUUGCUUGACUUGAAUUUAAUGCGCUCAAUAGUCUUGAGCCGUUGGGUUGCAGAACUGAGAUCUUCUAGGUCAAGGAGGAAGACAGGAGGAGGCGGCCGCGCCGUUAUUUCAAGAAGGUGCGUGCCGUCUGUACUUCCGUAAUUAAUUGUAUCCCCUGUCGUUGUUUGUCAGCUUUUUUUCGUCUAAUCUGUGCUGCUUUCUCAUGGCUUUCAGAUAUCUUGAUGAGGGAAUAUUAACGCCUUCAGAAGGUGUGGUUUAUGACUCAGGACCAUUAUUGUGUUGUAAUAUACUGGAUUAUAUGAAUAUUUAUCAGUGCUAAAGAAGCUUUUACUUCUAUCAUGAUGACUGAUAAAGCACCUUCGACGCCUACUUAUGAUUUUUUUUUCUCCCUCGGACUAAAAAUAUUCUCUCGCCUGCUGCUCGUUCAGUGUUUAUUUUCCUUCAGAAUGUUGACUACUACAUCGGGACCGCGCAGCGGUAGCUGUUGACUUGUAAAAAUGAGUAAUCAAUUCUAGCGGACCAUGACCAUACUUUUUUGCUUACUCCUCAUCUGAAAACAAUGAAGAAUGUUGAACUUGAGUAAGUAAGAGUAACAAUUGUGAGAAUCGUGAAUACGUUAUAGAGAUAGAGAAAGAGUUGUUAUAUAUAAUGAUAUAGAAUAAGAAUAUUAAGAAUAACAAGGGUAAGAAAUAGUAAUCGAAAUUUUCGUGGAUUCAUCAUUAUCAUACUUAGCUGUGCCUAACUUGGUAGAAGUAGACUGAUGCAAGUGACUGAUAAUCAUAUACCGACCGUGAAGAAUGCAUCUGCAUAAGGGAAAUGCUAGGCAGACUGCCAAACCGCUUCGCACCACCAUAAAAAAUGCAUGUUGAAAAUUUUCCGUCCUUUUAUCAUUAGAUAACUGGCCCUUCCAUAAGCAUUAUCUGCGUCUGUGUCUGAGUUGUCUGAGACAUCAUAGCCGCGGGUAGACACACUCCAUUUUCCGUCUUUAGCUGAUCAAGGCGCUACUGGUACUCCUGCAAUGUACUCGAAAAGUGGUGAAAAUAUGGGAGAAGUAGCAAACAACUGAAAUAAGAGCAGAGCUAGCUUAAGGCAAAAAGAGGCAGAGGGGGCGACUGGAUCUCGACUAAGCUUUUAACCUCUGGCAGCAUGAUUGGAAUAGUGCCACUGAAUGCACUUCAGUAAGGUGGUUUCUUUGCUAGCGUGGAAGUCAACUCUGGCAUUAGAAAGCCACAGCCACGAAAUUUUAAAGGGGGCUGCUGUGGUUAGCUACUAGGGACAAGAGAAGAACUACAGCAACAAGGCGGGGAGGCCUUCCUCAUGUUCGCGCUAUUCCCGCUCCUGGGCAAUAUGGUCUAGCGCAAGUAGGAGCUGUUCUUGUUUCACAAGCUUAGUGGCGCAGGAACUUAUUGCCUCAGCCACAAGACCACUCGGGAACAAAAAGGCUGAAGAAGGAUAAGGAAAAGCUAGAGGCCCUCUUGAACAACCUGGCGCAGCAAGUUAAAGCCCACCGAUGCCGCUAUCGGUGUGGGCGAGGGGGUACUUAAAUACUCAUGGUGGGUCGAUAUCGUAAUCCAUUGGUAUCGCUUUUAGUCCUGAUCAUCAUACCGCCCCAGCAAGAUUCCCAAUGAGAAACUUUAACCGACAUCAGGGCGAAUAUAAUAUUUGCAUAAGUAGUGCUAACUCAGCUCCUACUAGAACUACAAAGAAAAAGAGAAAAAUUGAGAAUCAGGAUCACGACGACUAUGGCAAAAUAUAGAAACACUGGCUCGCCUUUGCGCGAAAGCGAAGAUGCUCGCUGUCACUGAUGUUGGCCGAAAAAGAUUCUGUUUUGAUUUUAUUAUCCGCUGAUUCUGAUAAAAAGAAUCAAA